AUGAUUCAAAAAUCGCAACUCCAAGGCUUCGAAGUAGAAGGCCUCAAGGAGCCAGUCAAAGCGACGCUAUUCGCGGAUGAUACAACGACUUACCUAUCAGAAAACGAUGACUUUAGCGUUCUCCAAGAAAUUCUUGAUACAUGGUGUUCCGCGGCGAAGGCCAAGUUCAAUAUCGCCAAAACUGAAAUAAUUCCGAUCGGUGAGAAAUCGUACAGAGAGAAAAUGGCGAAGGAAUAUAAGGACACAGGGCGAUGGAAAUCCUACCCGCAGAAUGCGCAUAUGGCCGGAGAGGGUGAUGCUAUCAGAAUACUGGGAGGCUUCUUCGGAAACGGAAUAGACCAACUUGCAGUGUGGUCCCCUAGGAUAGCAAAGGUGGCAGCCGCAAUCGAGCGAUGGAAAAAGGGCCACGCCACGCUGGACGGAAAACGGCAUGUCAUCCAAAUGGUCAUCGCGGGAAUGACACAGUACUUAACGGAUGUCCAAAGAAUGCCGGAAGCGGUCACUAGACGCCUUGAAAAAAUUAUUCGCGAAUACCUGUGGGAGGGGAAGGCGACCCCCCCAAUCACAAACCAGAACAUGUAUCAAUGA